CAUGAACGCGGACGUGCAAACGAAACGAAAGAUAGCUGCAGUGAUUCUGUGGCGUCGUAUACAACGAAAGAGAAUACGUACGAUGUACGUAAGAGACAUUUUUGAUAAGCGGAAAGUUUUCGGCGAGUUCUAUCACCUGGUCCAGGAACUGCGAGAGAGCGACCCCGAGUACCAUUUCAUGUACUUCAGGAUGACAAAGUCCUCCUUCGACAGGCUGCUCGCUCUCGUCUACGAUCGUCUCGUCCAUGCGCCCACGCAUCGUUCGCCGAUCUCUCCCGCUGAGCGGCUUGCGAUUACACUCAGGUUCCUCGCAUCGCCUGGAUCCUUGGGACACAUUGGUGUCAGCUACAGGAUGCACAAGGCAACAUUGUCUUCCAUCCUCCGGGAGACGUUGCCUGCAAUCUGGGAGACGCUGGCACCCUUGUUUUUGAAGCCGCCAACAGCUGCCAAGUGGGAAGAGAUCCGCAGAGAGUUUGAAGUUAAAUGGAAUUUCCCGAACGCCAUUGGAGCUAUUGACGGGAAACAUUUUGCAAUGAGAUGUCCCUCCAACUCGGGGACAACAUGUUUUAAUUACAAGAAGUUUUACUCGAUGCAACUUCUAGCCGUUGUUGAUGCUCGCUGCCGGUUCACUUUGGUGGACAUUGGUGCCACUGGGCAUCAGUCGGACGGCGGAGUUUUUAAAAAUUCAAACAUUGGGAAGGCGUUAGCUGCGAAUUCCCUUCAAGUCCCCAGUGUCGCACGCCCAGCACCACCUCUGUGCAUCCUCGGGGACGAGGCAUUUCCAUUGAAACACUACCUAAUGCGUCCUUUUCCGGGAACAGGACUGGACAGGCGACGGAAAGUUUUCAACUACCGACUCUCUCGCGGAAGGCGUACCGUGGAGAAUGCCUUCGGUAUCUUAGUCUCCCGGUGGCGCACGUUCCUGGGCCCGAUGCAUGGCAGCAUGGAACGCUGUGAGGGUAUGAUUAAGGCAGCAGUCUGCCUCCAUAACUUUUUAAUGGAAGAUGAGGCGUACUGCCCGCCUGGCUACAUGGACAGAGAAAGGAAAGGCCAGAGAGUGGAUGGCGCUUGGCGAGCAGACAUCACAGCUGUUGGUGCCAACAGGGUCCUGGGGCCCAACUCCAGCAGUCCAACUGCACUUGGCAUAAGGGACCUACUGGCAGACUACUUUGUCUCGCCAAGAGGAUCCAUUUCUUGGCAGGACACAGUUGUGGACAGGUCUUAA